ACAGCAUUUUCCAUUCGCUCACUUUAUCAUACAUGCUGUAGCGAGACGGUCGGUGGUUCGAGUUUUUCGUUCCGCGAAAGGAUUUUUCCUCUUUUUCCGUUCCGUUCUCGGUUGGAUUUUGUCGCGAGUGGUUUUUGUGCAGCGCGGGGCGAAUUUUCUACCGUAAUUGCGCGAGUGUUCCGAAGGCGUUUUUCACCGAAUCCAAAAUGAAAAUCUGGACUUCAGAGCAUGUAUUCAACCACCCAUGGGAAACCGUGGCCCAGGCAGCCUGGCGAAAGUACCCAAAUCCAAUCAAUACGGCAGUGAUCGGCACCGAUGUGGUCGAGAGGCGGGUCGUCGACGGUGUCCUCCAUACGCAUCGGCUAGUCAGCUCCAAAUGGUAUUUUCCACAGUGGGCCCAGAAGGUGAUCGGUUCGCCAAAUGUGUGCUACGCCAGUGAGCAGUCCACCGUGGAUCCGGCCAAGAAGCUGAUGACCCUCAAGACGAUCAAUCUCACCUUCGGCAGCUUUCUGUCGGUGUACGAAACGCUCAGCUACGUGCCACAUCCGAGCGAUCCGGGCAAAACGCUGCUGAAGCAGGAGGCCACCGUCCAGGUCGAGGGGGUGCCACUGAACCGCUACAUGGAGGACGUACUGACCAAGAACAUUAGCACCAACGCCGGCAAGGGCCGCCAGGGUCUCGAAUGGGUGAUAGGGAAGCUAAACUCGGAGGUGAAAGAACUGGCCAGUUCCGCAGCUACCAGCACCAACGAAAUCCUAAAUCACACCAAGAAAUCCCUGGAUGACAUCACGGACCAGGCGCGAAAGAGCAUGGACGAGCUCAGUGCGAAGGCCCAGAAGAUCCACGUAUAGUAACAAACGUGGCACGGCGUCACCCAACAACACAGGUGCUACCGGUCCUGGUGCUAGUGCGACCGCUUCCUCUUCGUCAAUGCCGCCGUCGUCUUCGUCUUCUUCAUCUACUACUGCUACUACCGGUACUUCAAGUACAACACCAAAGGCAGCGGCAACAGAGACGGCCUCGAAGCCCGGCCAUGGAAGUGGAGAAUUCGCCUCCUCCAGUUCAUCAACCGGCGCGUCACGAACGAGUCACAAUAGCACCAGUGCACCAAGAUCAUCCAAGACUACUCCUACUACAUCUACUACGGCUAAAGAGUUUUAUGCAGCAAAUAGCACUGACAACACUACAACAAGAAAAGCGCCGACAUCAUCGACAUCAUCUUCAUCUUCAUCCUCUUCAACCAGUAGAACAAGUAGGUUCCCGCCAACCGCGUCGUCAUCCUGAUUUUGGGCCAAUUUCGCACGAGACGCUGCGUGGGCAAGUUACUCAUUAAUUCCCUAGAUUUCAGUUGAACCACCUAUUCUUAUAAACUAAUUUUCGGGUCUCCCUGGAACUCCUUUCCCUUUGACCGUCGUUUUGUUAUCGUUCAGAACCAAAAUUACGGAAAACCUAUCGUGUUCGUUAUUUAUUUUAUUAUGAUUAGUAAAAUAUCAAUUGUACGUACAAAUCGAACUGAAACCACGGUCUGCAGGCUGAAUUCUUCUCUCUAAUCCUGCCAUCCGGAUUGUCGCUUUUUGUGUUCUUCUCUUCAAAAACGAGUCUACUAUCUUACACCUCUAUAGUCCGCCCUCAAAAGAGAUAUUCCCACCAGACCCACCCAAUCAGCUUCAAGCGCAUAGUGAUAAGCAUAGCUACCGUUAGUUUCGCACACCAAAUAACCGAACCCAGUACGAGAUUGCUCUUAGGCUACCCGAACACCAGUUUUAUUAUGGCAUUGGCCUCGGCCAGAACCAGAAACCGAACCCGAAUGAGAAGGACAUCAAUUGAAUAUCGAAUCAGAGUACCGUGUAAAUAUCCCUAAUAACUCUUAUAUUGAAUAAUUAGCCAGCAAUGGUAAUAUCGUGACGUGAUUAUUUAGCAUUAGUACAAGAAGCUAUCUAGUAUUAGUAGGUCCUUUGCGGAAGAUAUGAAAUCAAAUACAAGUUGGAAGCAAUUUUUUGGCAACCUUGAAGCUUUGAAGUCUCUCCCAUCACCCCAAGAAAGUGGGAGUGGGCCAUUUCACAUAGGGUUGGUUGGCAUUAUGGCUAUUUGGCAUAACCAGAAUUAUGCCGCUUCUUUCAGAAGAUGCCUGUUCUUGAUGAAAAAAUGUUAUGCCAAACGACGUUAUACCAAAUGGCCCGCUCCCAUGUAGAACAUGCAAGUUUUGGACGGUGAGUAAGUGCGUUCCCGCUAGAGCGUGCGUGAUUGUGGCUUGUUGUUGCACGAGACUGAGAGUAGAGAGCGAGUUUUUUUUAUUCGAAUCUAGCAGACGACCGGGAGAGAGAGAGAGGGAUUCGGAAAUGAAAGGCCACUUAUUCUUUCGAAUUCACUUGCAAGCAAGCAAGAAAGGUAUCGCAUCAACAGACGACACACAUUCCCGUGGGAAGAAAUCGAUUUUUCUUGGUGAAAGCCUGGCGGCUUACGCGCAUGUAAAUUAUAAAUUGAAUUUGGGCAAUAAUUUCCGUUUUUGGCGAUUAUGGAAAUGUUUUUCGAAUCAGCGAGGAAUAGAAAACAAAUAACAAACAUCAACCAUCGAUUAGUAGUGAGAUGUGCGACAGCAAUUUUAUGAUGAAAUGAAUGCAAAUUAGAAGAAAAAAAAUCAAACUGGAAACAGAAGCAAAGCGAACUCACACAACACACAAACAUACCUACACAUAUGUCAGUCAAUAACGUUUAAAUUGUUGUAAUGUUUCAGAUAAAGAGAAUUUAAAGAUAUGCGAGCGUGAUAGCUUGGUUUUCAAACAACUCUAAA